AUGAUGUGCAUUAAAAAUGUCGUGGUGGUACUGAUUGUCGCUUGCAUAGCACAGCAGCUUUGGGAGGUCAACUGCCAGGAGGGCAAAGGCCGAAAGGGACGUAACAACGGAAAGGAGAAAGGUCGCGGACGAAAGGAUAAUUCGUCUCCUAAACCAUCGGCACCCUCAUCUGUUCGCAGUGACAGCGGACCGAAGACUUCUAGUGGGAAAGGUGUUUUCAAAGGUAGAUUUUCCAAAGAUAAAGCACAAUGCACCUGGGUAGCCACGGGUGAAGACGUUUUUGUACUCGGUGUCAACUGCAAAAAGGAGACGGAGAGUUUCGACUGUGAGUACGUAGCGAAACCCAACGCAUGCCCCCAGUACGCCUCCAAAUCUAAAACUUACUGGAAACAGAUUGCCCGCUCUCUGAAGAAACAGAAGAGACUGUGCCAUGACGCGACUUCGUUGGUUAGAGCCGGUAUGUGCAGAAAAGCCCCCAACGAUGCACACUUCAAACUUAACGUUGCCCCGUCCGCACAGGUCGCGAACCCGCAGUCCCAGUCAACUCAGUCGAGCAGCAAACUUUGUCCUGAGCGGGUUGAUAGACAGAGAUUGGCUGCGGAGUAUUGUAGUAGCUCAUGGUCAUCGCUUUGCACCUUCUUCUUCUCAAUGAUAGAGAAUGAGGAUUGUUAA